UGCCCGGGCGACACGCGGGAGGCCGAGCCGGUGCCUGCGCGAUCCCGACCCCGCGGGAGCCGCUCUCGGGGUCAGGGCGCGGGGCCUACCGAGCGCGUGCGGGGUGGGCCUGGAUCCCGGACCCGACCCCGCUGUGACCGGCGCAGAGACACGGGGCGCAGCUGAAAUGAGCUUCACGAAGUUGUCGUUGAGCGUGAUGCCACCCUUAGCAUCAAAGAUAGACAAAUGAGUAUCGCCAACAAAGUCCGUGGACACGACCCGGCCAUCAGUAUUUCAAAGAUAAGCGUGGGUCGUAGAGCAGGGACCUCCAGGAGCUCAGGCUCGUGGGCACACUGUCAUCCAUUCAUCUACAGUAUCUGAUGGAGCCGCCCUCUGUCCAGCUGCUGGGGACAGGGUAUGAGGAAGACAAAUGGGGGCUAUUCAGGUAGGGGACUGGCCAAAGGAUACAGACUGAAAACAGCCUCUGAGGCUGCACCAACAGACAUCUCUUCCGGGGAAAAAUGCACGUGGAAUGUGGCAGCGAGAGGCCCUCCCUGCGGGGAGGCAGUGAGUCUGGCUCUGGACGAUUAGGAGGAUCUGGUCAACUCCAGCCCUCAGCAGGGUCUCAGGUGGAAAGAACUGCAGCACAAAGGCCCUGGGGGUUUGGCCCUAGCAUGGUGGAAGGCCACAGGAAGGUUUUCAGCUCUGGGGGUGAUGUGAUCUGAUUUCUUUAAGAGAUCCUGGCAGCUGUGUGAGGGUGGACCUUCAGGAGCUAAAGCAGGGAGACAGCACCAAGGUGGACGGACAGAACUGGCAGUACUGGGAGCAAAGAGAUGUGAUACCCAUUCCUCACAGGGAAGGCAUCUGGCUGUGGCCGGCCCCGAGCAAGUGUUGAGAAAUGGGAGCCCUUGUCUUGUUCGCUAAGCAUAUAUCGAGCACCUGCUAUGUGCCAGGCCCUGGGAAGAUGGCUGGAGCUAUGGAAGUGAAAAACGAGGCCCAAAGUCUCUGCUGUCUUGGAGUGUACAUGCUAGCAAGGCCCACAGUGGCUGUGAAAUGACACUUCAGGUAAGGAAAAGGGCCACAAAAAGAACAUCUCUCUGAGAUGAGAGGUUGAAGUAGCGACUUGGAGAAGGUGAGGACAGACUAUGUGGCCACCUGAGGGAAAAGCUUUCCAGACCAAAGGGGCAGCAAGUGCAAAGACUGAGGUAGGGGAGAGCUGACCUUCCCAGCCUCUGAGGUAGGGGAGAGCUGACCUUCCCAGCCUCUGAGGUAGGGGAGAGCUGACCUUCCCAGCCUCUGAGGUAGGGGAGAGCUGACCUUCCCAGCCUCUGAGGUAGGGGAGAGCUGACCUUCCCAGCCUCUGAGGUAGGGGAGAGCUGACCUUCCCAGCCUCUGAGGUAGGGGAGAGCUGACCUUCCCAGCCCUGCAGUUCCUGUCUUGAUACGCUGCAAAAAGCUCCUUGGCAAGUGGAAAAUCACGUUCCCUUCCCAGAGGCCUCUUCCCAGGGUCCCUUCUGCUCAGCCCCUACCUCAUCCUCAGUGUAGGCAAGGAUGCCGGCCAUGGGCCCCUUGGCUUCUGCUUUUAUGGCCUCCUCGAUGCCUGAGGACAGGGUAGGCUGGGCCAGGCGGCAGGUCAGGUCCACAGCAGACACGACUGGGGUUGGCACUCGGAACGCCAUUCCAGUCAGCUUCCUGGAGAAUCCCACAUCGGGGGCGGGAGUCAGAACCCAGGGACUUCAUCAUUUCCCCCUUGUCUCUGCUUUCCGCUCAGGAGACACCUCAAGGAUUGGGGGCUAGUCCAGUCCUCCUGGGUUGCACCCCCCACCCUUGUUGCAGCUUCAUGCCCUCAUACCCUUGGAGGUCUUGGAUGACUUUGCCCACAGCCUUGGCAGCCCCUGUGGGGGCCGGGAUGAUGUUCUGGUGGGCACCCCGUCCGUCUCGCCAGGCCUUCUCCGAUGGCCCGUCCACUGUCUUCUGGGUGGCAGUGUAGGAAUGGACUGUGGUCUUGGGGAAGAAGAGGGCUGAGGUGAGGCCUUUUUGCCCCCAAGCUCCCACACUGCUUUUUCCCAGGCCCAGGGUGGUGACCCAGGGGUGGAGGCUGGCAGGGCCUCCACCACCGUCACAGGAGGGGCACAUGCAGGCAGGGUCCAGAGUUUAAAAGGCUUCACCACUGGUGGGCUUCUCGUCCCCAAGCCAGUCUCUCCCUGUUAACCCCACACGCUAAGCAAGUAUGGGAGGAAGAGGUACAGUUUCCCAGCCGUGCCUCCUGCCUCAGCCCCUCUCCGCACCUCACCAUCAGCCCUGCCACAAUCCCAAAUCACUCAUGGAUGACCUUGGCGAGGGGGGCCAGGCAGUUGGUGGUGCAGGAUGCAUUGCUGAAAUGGCCUGGGUGUGCAAGGCACUGUGAGGUGAGUCGCAGAGCCACCCUUCCACCCUUACCUCCUUUCAGGGUUUGCACCCAGGCUUGGUUUUGUGAAAAGUCAGGCUGGGGAUGAGGGAGCAUUGGGGAUGCCGUCAGACCGAACGAGGCACCAGAGGUGCAGCUGGGGGAAGCUCCCCAAGCACGUUCUCCAGAAGUCGUGCAGUUCUAACAGAUGGUUUUAGGGUAACAUUAACAAGAUGGCUGUUAAGACUUUGGGGAGGAGAAGUGCAUUGAUGUGAAAAGAGCACCAGGGGCCGAGUGGGAGUGGGAGUGGGAGUGGGGAGGGCGAGUCGGAUUCCUCCCCACCGCAGGCUGGCUUGUCCUCCAGGCACACACUUCAGAAUGUUGCUGCCCAUUGCCUGACAAUUUUCACGGAGCCGGGGUUAUAGUCCUUUUCGUUCACCCCCAUGACAAACAUGGGUGCCUCUGGAGAGGGCGCGCAGAUGACCGCACGCAGGGCACCUGCCUCAAUGUGGGCCUAGGGAAGGCUCACAGGUGUCAUGAGGUGCUUCAAGUGCCACACCCCCUGGGCGGCCCUGGGCACCUGUCCCGACUUACUGUAGUUUCCUCUAAGGACAGGUGCACGCCUGUGGCCUCCACCACCACAAAGGGGCUCCCGACAGACUUCUGGGGAUUUCUUUGGGCUGCUUGCUGUGGAGGGGCGGUAGCACCGUGAGUCAGUCUCUCGCCUUCAUAGUCCGUGGCCUUCACCAUUUGAAAGGCUGACCAGACACCUUCCUGCCUGGCCGUCUGUUCCCCUCACCCCACACACCCCUAGCUGCCCCAGAUGGGUCCGACCCUGCUGGCCUUUCCUCUCAUCGCUAACCCCCCGAGUGGGCCACUUUUCUUGACUGUACCUGCUAUGCCUGGGUACAAGCCGCCACCUCCCCAACUCAGGCCGCAAGCCCGCCUGGGGGACCAUCUAGACUACUCCCAGCCAGGUCAGGCCCUUACUACAUAUGCUGCCCAGGAUGUAGACCCCAGGAGGGUGAGGCCUGCCCUACUGCUUCUGGCUUCAGUCCUGGCAGCUUCAUCACAGCCCUCCUAGCCCUUCUUCUCUUGACUCCUCAGCUCCUGCAACAGGGAUCCUGCUGCCAGAGGCCAGGCAAGUCCCUGAAAACACACAGCACAUCCAGAGAGCAGCUCCCAGGGGUCUGAAGCCUUGAGGCGGCCCUGGGGCUAGCAGCGGCUAGUGGUUUAUAUUGGAAAGGAUGGGCAGAAUGAAAGCAUUGCUGAGACAUGAAGAAAUGCUCCAGUUAGUAACUGAGGAGAGGCCGGGCCCUAAAGCUUCAGGAAUGGCUCAAGGGCCGGGGCGACUCACCCAUUGAUGCCAACAGUCAGCUCCCGAACCACAGAAACCUUCUUAGGUGCAGGAGGUGGAGGUGGUGGGACUUGCUCUUUGACUGGCUGGGGCUCCGGAGGGGGUGGUGCUCUGGUCACUGUUGGGAGUGGGGGAGGGGCAGUGAGCCGCACCAUCACUGCGACAGAAUGAGCCAUCUUUGCCACCCAGAACCUGCUGCUGGCUCCUGGCCCUGAGUGGCCAACCAUAUAGCCCAGUGUUUCCUAAACCGACCUGAUCAACAGAAUGAGCAGGGGGUGGGCUUGUUUUAAAAUAUCCAUGCCAGGGCCUCUUCCCUGGAGAUUCUAACUCAGUGGGUAUAUAUUUUUAACAAUUGCUUGGGGGUGAUAGUCUCUGUGCCUCAGUUUCCUCCUCUGUAAAAUGGAGAUGAUAAUAGUACUUCUCUCAGAGGGUCACUGUGAGGAUUAAAUGAGUGAUACAUGUAGUGCUUAUGAUAGAGUCUAGGAAACAUUCCAUGUACGUUAAUAUUUCAAAGAUCAUUUCCCAAACUUGCCUGAUAAUUGAUCUAGUCCAGUGGUCCCCAAACUGUUCUGGUAAGAAUCACCGGGAGGCUGAUUCCUAGGGAAAUCUGACUGUAGGUUUGCACUGAGGCCUAGGGAUCCUGUUUCCAACAAGGUGAUGCUUACCCUCAGAGAAGUUUAGGAAACACAGGUCUCUUGUAACAUAUGAAACAAAUGGAAACCCAUGUCAGCUUCUGCCUCUCCGGACACACAGAUCUACACCCAUGCUGCACUGGGAGCACCUGUGCUUGAAGCUAUGCCACCUGAGCUACAGGUGAGGGCUUCAGGUAGGGAGGAGAAGCGUGGAGACAGCAGUCAGGGGCCUAGCUGGUAGAGGGUUUCAAGCCGGGGGUCAGGCCUUGAUGUCAGCUCUGGCUCAGCCACCUGCCAGCUGAGUUGUUUUGAGCAAGUUAAUGAAACUCUGGCCUGUUUCUUGAUGUCACAUCUGACCCUCCACCUGGGGGCUACUGUAAGGACUCAGUGAGAUCUCAAGGCCCAGGAGGUGCUGAUUUUAAUAGAGGGGAGAAAGUCUGACAUGAAGUGUAUUCGUGAGGAAAGGGAGAGGGAAGGGAUUGGAGAGAGCCUGGAGGAUGAAGGUAGGAGUUGCGCUUGGCACCAGAAUCAAAGGCACCUUGGAGGGGGUGGGGUUAGGAGCUGGGGGUCAGCCGACCUGUCUCUCUCCCUGGUCUCUCCAGGCUGCCACAGGCCUUGUGGCGUGAGGCUGGGCUGUGCGUGUUUCCAGUAGCACUACAAGUUCAUAAAGGUAUUAGUCAGUGUUUACUGGUGGUUAUUGGUGACCUUAAGAAUGUUUGUAUCCCUGGGGGUUCUGUUUCUGCUCUCAUGAAAAGGGGAGAUUUGUCCAUAUGGGUGAAGAGUGGGGAUCUGAGCCCACUCAGUGACCUUUGAAAGCCCAGGUGGUCCUUCUCUCACAACUUCCCCCAGCCUUCCCUUCUCCCUUUGCUCCAGGGUGGGGUACAUGGGCUGGAGGAGAGCUGCUGCGCUGGGAAGGAAGAGCCCGGAGGAGCUUCAGUGAUGAAGCAUCAGCCGGCAGAGACAACAGCAAGUGCAAAGGCCAUGAGGCAGGAAUGAGCUUGGUGUGUUUGAGGACCAGGGAGAAGACCCGUGAGGCCGGAGCAUAAGAAGUGUGGGUGUUGGGGGUCAACAAGGACAACAAACAACAAGAACAAGGUCUGAUGAUUCCCUCAACUCCCCGGGGUUGCUCCCCACCCCCUGACUGUGCCUCCCACCCUUCCAAAAUCUUGCUGCUGGGGAAACUGGAUCCUUAGGUCCCCGGAGAGGAGUGAAGAUGCUGAAGAACCAGGCCUGGGUCCCAGGGAUGGAGGGUGCCUGAAGGUGCAGUUGGGAGAAAGGAGGCCUGGACAGUGGGUGAGGAAUAGAAAGGGGAAGUGAUUGGAAGGGCAGACAUCUGGGCUCCGGGGUGGAGGACCUGAGCUGGGCAAGGAGCAAAGAUGCCAUGUGAGUCUUCUCCAUUUAUGACUCACCUACUCUUCCUCCUCCUCUUCAUUGCUCAACCCCAAAUCUCCCUGGGAAUUACCUCACUGACUGGAGAUCAAGUCAGUGCCUCACAGGGUAAUUGAGUCAUGAGGGGUGGAGCAGAGGAAAGGAAGCAGAGGAUAAAUAGUAGCUUUGCCUCCCUGGCCCCUCUCUGCAUCCUCCCCACUUCCCCAACAAUAUGCAUCUUGCCAGUUUGCUCAGCUCCUGCUUCCUCUUGCUGCUGCUGGGACCUUUGCCUGGAUGGGCGGCCGGUGCUGACCCCGUUAAGAAGGUCACUGAAGGGAUCAGCAAAGGGCUGAGCAAUACAGAGAGAGAGGUGGGCAAGGCCCUGGAAGGCAUCAAUAAUGGAAUCCCUCAAGCUGGAAGGGAGAAAGAUUUUAGUGGACUCAACAGUGUGGGGAGCCAGGCCGGUAAGGAGCUGGACAAGGGCGUCCAGGGGCUCAACCACAACUUGGACAAGGUAACCCAUGGAAUCAACAAUGUCGCCGGACAAGCAGGAAAGGGAGCAGAGAAGUUUGUCCCUGGGGUCAACAGUGCUACUGGACAGGUUGAGAAGGAGGCAAACAAAGUGAUUCAGGGGGUCCACGAUGGGGUCAACCAGGCAGGAAAUGAGGCAAGUAGGUUUGGCCAGGGGGUCCACCAUGCUGGGAAAGAGGGAGAAAAAAUAGUCCAGGGGGUCCAUCAUGGAGGUAAUCAUAAUGGAGAGGAGGUGGGACAGUUUGGUCAGGGGGUCAGCCACGCUGCAGGGCAGGCUGGGAAAGAGGGAGAAAAAAUAGUCCAAGGGGGGCAUCAUGGAGUUAAUCAGGCUGGAAAGGAGGUGGGAAAGUUUGGUCAGGGGGUCAGCCACGCUGCAGGGCAGGCUGGGAAAGAGGGAGAAAAAAUAGUCCAAGAGGGGCAUCAUGGAGUUAAUCAGGCUGGAAAGGAGGUGGGAAAGUUUGGUCAGGGGGUCAGCCACGCUGCAGGGCAGGCUGGGAAAGAGGGAGAAAAAAUAGUCCAAGAGGGGCAUCAUGGAGUUAAUCAGGCUGGAAAGGAGGUGGGAAAGUUUGGUCAGGGGGUCAGCCACGCUGCUGGUCAGGCUGGAAAGGAAGUGGAGAAACUUGGCCAAGGUGUCCCCCACGCUGCUGGUGAGGCCGGGAAGGAGGAGGACGGGUUGCAUCAGACGGUUCAUGAUGGGACCAACCAAGCCGGCAAGGAAGCCAACCAGCUGCUGAAUGGCAGUCCUCAAGGCAGAUUCACUCACCAGAACGGAGGGGCUGCAACCACAACCUUAACAUCUGGAGCUUUGGUCAACAAGCCCUUCAUUGACCUUUCAGUUCUGUGGAAGAGCCUCACCAACAUCAUUCUCUAAACUGACGAACUGGCCUUGUUGAACAGACUGACAUUCCUGUUGUCAUAUCAGCUGAAAUGACCCGAAGGAACCGGGGGGAAGUAGGAGGAUAGAUUUCUGGAGUCCCUUAAGGGGCUGUACUGAGAUUUGUGGAUAAUACAACACACUGUACUCUCAUCAUGGUUCACUGUGCUCCCUCAGGAGGGAUUCGUGGAGGGGAGGCUUGUCUUUUCUCCUCUUGCUUCUUCACCGGAGACGCUGGGGGGUCUGAUGCACAGGAUGGGUUGAUCUGGAGAUUUCAGGCUGAUCCGAUGGAAGAGGGCCAUCACAGGGAUGAGCCAUGCUUCACUAGUGCAAAAUUCAUGCUCAGCACGGGGAGGAAAUUCGUGCAGGGGAAGCCCCUCCAGGCCAGUAGCGGGGGAGAAGCACCAGGGAAAAAGUGGCAGGAACCUUGGUGAAGCCCAAGGGGGUAGCAUCCUCAUUCGGGAGUGUGGCACCAAAGGGAUAUCAAUGGUCACUUGUGUGUAUUGCGCAAUCAGGGCAUGCGAGGCUCCCUGCGCUUUGCCUGCAUGACCUCACUGAAUCCUCCCAGCCACCCAGUUAGGUAAGAGGUGCUGCUAUUGCCCCAUGUUAUAGAAAAUCCCAUGGAGGCUCACGCAAGUUAAGAAACGUGACUACGGACACACAAUAAGUGGAGGGAGAAACAGCCUAAGAGCUACCGAGGACAUUCUGAAAACGAAGAGGUCUCUCUCCUGUUUAGUAUCAGUAAGGAGGAGACUCAGUGAAUAGGAGAGAGGAAAGAGGUACCUGUGGGAGAUCCUCUCUUGGGGACGAGGGCCAAAGGCUCAGGGGGGAAGCCACUCUGAUGACAGGAGGCCUCUUUACAAGGACAGGAAUAGGGACAUGGAAGGCCCGGCUCAAAGCCCGGACCAGUAAUGAUAGCAACCACUACAUCCUGAGCACUUCGUAGCUUCCAGGUACUGUGUGAAAGGCUGUUCCUACUCUGUAACCAUUUAAGCCUCCCACAACCCAAAGGCAGAAGUUCCCUUAUGAUCCCCAUUGUAUGGAUGAGGAAACUAAGGCUCAGAGGGGCCAGGGCACUUGCCGGGGGCAACCCAGGAGAAAGCAGCAGGCCUGUCUAUUGCCAGAACCUGACCUUGCACGGUCACCUGUAACGUCUCUAGAACACUUGCCAAGCACGGGCCUGAGCGCUGAGAGACCUACAUUCCAGUCAGAACCGUGCGCCUGUAGGCCGCAUCCUUCCCCUCCAGGUGCCACCAUUUCCUCCCAUGUAAAGGGGGGUGGGUGUCUGCAGGAGAGGACUGCAAACAUGGCUUCCAGCUCCAAAAUUCCAUCAACCGUGGGACCAGAAAUAAGAGACAGUGUUCUUGCCCUUUGGGGAAUUUACAGGCUUCGUGGGGAGAUGAGGUGUAUAAACAGAACAUGAAAACAAAUACAAAGCGAUGCAUCACUAAGGACUAAAUGACACAGCAGGGAGGGGAGGGGCCUGACGUGCACAGUAAAGGUGGUGCUCCUGGCGCUUUAUGUUCUCCUUGUUUUUCCUUAUCUGUAGAAUACCACCAUUUUUUUUUAAGUUUUAUUUUAAUUUAUUUUUUACUUUUUUU